ACAAAUCAAACGUUAAGAAAACGCCACGUAUGUUUUUCUCAAACCACAGCCAAACCACACACUAUCAACUCUUCAAUAAAAUCACCUUCCUCUGCCUCAAGAGCUUCAUUCAGUGCUUCUCCUCUCUCAUUCUAAGAUGGCAGCAUCAUCAGCAUGUCUUGUUGGUAAUGGUUUAUCUACACGGGGUAACAGAAUUACUCUCGGUAAGGACUUCAAUGGAAGAUAUCUAUUCUCAUCUUGGAGGUUGAACAAGGCACCAAAAGCGUUUUCGGUAAAGGCGUCUUUAGACCAAAGCCAGAACGGAGGGAGAAGGGAGCUUCUUAAGUUGCUUGGAAAUGUGGGAGUUGGAUUACCAGCAUUAUUGGGAGGUGGCAAGGCUUAUGCUGACGAACAAGGGGUUUCCUCCUCCAGAAUGUCUUAUUCUAGGUUUCUAGAGUAUUUGGACAAGGACAGGGUUAACAAAGUGGAUCUGUAUGAGAAUGGAACCAUAGCUAUUGUUGAGGCAGUUUCUCCUGAGUUGGGUAACAGGUUGCAGCGUGUUAAGGUUCAACUUCCUGGACUUAACCAAGAGCUCCUUCAGAAAUUCAGGGAAAAGAACAUUGACUUUGCAGCUCACAAUGCUCAAGAGGAUUCAGGUUCUCUUUUGUUUAACCUGAUUGGGAAUCUGGCUUUCCCUAUAAUCUUGAUUGGAGGGUUGUUCCUUCUCAUGAGGAGGCCCGGUGGGAUGGGAGGUCCCGGUGGCCCUGGAUUUCCUCUUACUUUCGGUCAAUCUAAAGCCAAGUUUCAGAUGGAACCAAACACUGGAGUGACAUUUGAUGAUGUUGCCGGGGUGGAUGAAGCCAAGCAGGAUUUUAUGGAAGUGGUGGAGUUUCUCAAGAAGCCUGAGAGGUUUACUGCUGUCGGAGCUCGCAUACCUAAAGGAGUUCUUCUUAUUGGUCCUCCCGGAACUGGGAAGACCUUGUUAGCCAAGGCUAUUGCCGGUGAAGCCGGAGUUCCGUUUUUCUCAAUAUCUGGUUCUGAGUUUGUUGAGAUGUUUGUUGGUGUUGGCGCUUCUCGAGUCCGUGAUUUGUUCAAGAAGGCCAAAGAGAAUGCCCCUUGCAUUGUCUUUGUUGAUGAAAUUGAUGCUGUUGGGAGACAAAGAGGGACUGGAAUUGGUGGAGGGAAUGAUGAAAGAGAACAGACCCUCAACCAACUUUUGACAGAAAUGGAUGGGUUUGAGGGUAAUACCGGUAUCAUUGUCGUUGCUGCAACUAACAGGGCUGACAUUCUUGACUCUGCCUUACUGAGACCUGGCCGGUUUGAUAGACAGGUAAUGGUUGAUGUUCCGGAUGUAAGGGGAAGGACUGAGAUCCUAAAGGUUCAUGGUAGCAACAAAAAGUUUGAAGCUGAUGUCUCUCUUGAAAUAAUUGCAAUGAGAACACCUGGUUUUAGUGGAGCUGAUCUUGCAAAUCUCUUGAACGAAGCUGCUAUAUUAGCUGGUCGGCGUGGAAAGACAGGGAUUUCAUCUAAAGAGAUUGAUGAUUCUAUUGAUAGGAUUGUAGCUGGAAUGGAAGGAACAGUGAUGACAGAUGGGAAGAGCAAAAGUUUAGUGGCAUAUCAUGAAGUUGGGCAUGCCAUUUGUGGAACUUUGACCCCUGGUCAUGAUGCUGUGCAAAAGGUAACACUAGUUCCUCGUGGACAAGCCCGGGGUCUUACAUGGUUCAUUCCUUCUGAUGACCCAACUUUGAUCUCAAAACAACAACUCUUUGCAAGAAUUGUUGGAGGGUUAGGUGGUAGGGCUGCAGAGGAAAUAAUUUUUGGUGAGCCAGAGGUUACAACUGGAGCAGCUGGUGAUUUGCAGCAAAUCACUGGUUUGGCAAAACAGAUGGUAACCACAUUUGGAAUGUCUGAUAUUGGUCCUUGGUCACUCAUGGAAGCAGCACAAAGUGGAGACGUUAUCAUGAGAAUGAUGGCAAGGAACUCGAUGUCAGAAAAGCUUGCAGAAGACAUUGAUGCUGCUACCAAGAGGAUCUCAGAUGAUGCAUAUGUAAUCGCACUGCGCCAUAUAAGAAACAACCGCGAGGCAAUUGACAAGAUUGUGGAAGUCCUUCUGGAGAAAGAGACAUUGAGUGGAGAUGAAUUCCGCGCUAUACUCUCUGAAUUUGUUGAAAUCCCAGUAGAAAAUCGGGUUCCUCCUUCUAAGACAUUAGCAGCAACUGUUUGAAUAGCCUAUAUGGCUAUAUGUAAUAUGUUUAAUGUAUCAUCUCAGAAUACGCAAUACCUCCUCUACAGCCUGCACUAAAUUUGUGAAUGAUAGAAGUUUUAAUUUUUUGUAGUAUUGACAAUGCAAAGUAUAUAUACCAAAGAGCAAAUGUUUUUAGUGCAGAA